AUGCCGGUGGGCACGGCUGGGCCAGGUGACAGCCUGAUGGUCGUCGAUGUUGUGACUCCUCAAACAUGGAUUCGACAAUAUCAACCAAAGUCCCGCCGUGUGGCUUUAUCCCUUCGACGACGUGCUACUAUUGUCAAAUCAAAACGGCACAAGGCCAUCAAGUCUCAGGAAUUGAUCUUCCAGAAACUCCUUGAAUCCCAAUUUCUCACCCGCCGAUCUGCAACUAUUGGCGCUCAAUUCGACCCGUUUCAAUCCUUUCCCGUCUCCUCCGCCCCAGCCGUGUCACAUAUGGCCCAGUACUUCCUUCAGGUAUGGGGGCCUCAACAUGGGCGUGCCUUCGCUUUCGACGGCCAUGAGAAUCCUUACCUGAGCCUUCUAUGGCCUUUUGCCCUUCAAACCGAUAUCUACUUUGAGGCGCUGGUCGCCCUCUGUCGUGGUACAUUACUCAUCACUCAGAAAAGGUCCGCCAUUCAAGAUCAGCCAUUUGCGCUCCAUCGAGCCAAUGUCAUGACCAAGUUGCGUCGCAGGCUUCAAGACCCUGAUAAAUGUGCCGACGAUGCUACCAUUCUUGUCGUCGCCACUCUUGGGACCAUUGACUACAUCCUGGGUGAUCAUCAUGCUGCAACGGCCCACGUUACUGGAAUGCGACAAAUGAUCAAGAUCAGAGGCGGCUUCAAGGGCGACUCUCCAUGGGAACAUUUACUUCAAUCCAAUGUCGUCGCCUACGAAUCACUCUGGUCGUUCUUGUUCGCUGCCGACACCACUUCUAAUGAGACGAUCAGAAAAGCAGGCCAAAUUCUCCAGAAUUCCGAAUUGACCACUUACUUGACCCACCCAUUUCCUCCAGAUGUUUGUGAAAUGCUGGCCAAAGUUCCCCGAGGAUUCUCGGACCUGGGCCUGGAUGGUAUCCUCUCUCUCCAAAUCAUCCGCCUCUUGACCGAUUUUACACAUUUGAGUGGCAAACUAGGUCCGGCGCCACUCGAAGCCAGCCUCGAGAUGAAAUUACGACCAGAGGUGCAGGGGUUAUUAGAAGACCUCCAUCGUUUAUCAACAUUGCAGACAACCGCAACCGAACGAUUUCUGACCAAUGGGAUAUUGGCUUAUUGCUACCUGAUAAGAAGCAUCUACUUCGAUGACGAACUCACCGGGUUUUACGAAAAUGCACUGAAAAUCCUAACUGAGUCCGCGUUGAAACAACCAUCAUGUACCAAACUCCCAGACCGAAAAUGCUACCUGUGGUCCUAUAUGAUGAUAUGUACCACACUCGCAAACAGUCUACAUCCCCCAACGGAAUGGAGGUCCGUGAUGCAAAUGUUUCUACGGACCUAUCCCGAAACCAAUUCCUGGAAGACACUCAAGAGAGACCUCGAAACCUUCUUCUGGGAGGACGAUGUGGCACAGCGUUGUGAACUGGCCUAUGCCGAUGGCAUCAGGAUGAAGAAAGAAGAGUCGAAGGCUAAGGCUGUCGUGAGACAGACAACAGUGCCCAUCCGAAAUGUCAUUUUAUGA